AUGCAACAUUGUACCUGGACUGGAAUUGAGGGAUCUUUGUGGGCAGCAAGAACUCCAGUUAGAGAGAAGGACUUUUAUUCUCAUUCACGUCCAUCCUCGUCACUAUGGGACAAGCUUCUUCUAAGCCCACUCCCUUGGUGCCUUGUGGACAAUUUUAAGGAUUUCAGGCGACAGGCCCGAGGUUAUGGGUCAACAGUCACUCGGUUCGAUCUCCAGAGGCUCUGCCAAGUAGACUGGCCGGCCUUCGGAGUUGGAUGGCCAUCUGAGGGUUCCUUUGAUUUGCAGACGGCCUUCAGAGUCAGAAGUGUUGUUUAUGGGAAUCCUGGUCACCCUGAUCAGGCUCCAUAUAUCAAUGUGUGGGUCGAUAUCGUUUCUGAUGCCCCCAAGUACUUAAAGGGCUGCCGCUGUGGUCAAGAGCCAAGGAGCACUCCGGCACCUCAGAAAUCCCUUGAACCUGUUCUACAGGCACCUCCGGAGGAUCUGGAGUUCCUCAAUUCCCCUCCCUGUUGCUCUCCUGCUGUCCUGGCGCCUCUCCGAAAGAUAGCCCCACCUGGGGGAGACACCCAGACCUCUUUUAUGGUGUAUGUCCCCUUUUCAACUAGUGAUCUGUAUAAUUGGAAAUCGCAAACUCCGGCCUUCUCAGAAAAAUCCCAAGGCUUGACCUCCCUUUUAGAAUCCAUCUUUUCCACCCACCAACCCACGUGGGAUGAUUGCCAGCAGCUUUUACAGGUUUUGUUCACUACAGAGGAGAAGGAACGCAUUCUAAGGGAAGCUGCAAGAGGGGUCUCGGACCCCACUGGGCAGCUCACCACUGACCCCGCAUGGGUACAACUUGUAUUUCCCAGCACCCGACCCAACUGGAAUCCCAACACAGAUCAAGGGACGGAGGCUCUCCUGAGGUAUCGCCAGUUGUUACUCCAAGGCCUCCGGGCAGCGGCUCACCGACCAGUCAAUUUAUCCAAGACCUUACAGGCACUACACUUGGCAAGAAAAGAGAUUCGACACUUAGUCUCCGCCACCCGGGAGACCCCUGGACAGUCACUUAAACCUCAUAGCCACAGUCCUGAUGACUGGAUUUGGGUAAAGAAGGUACAGCCUGCUUCUCUUGAGCACCGCUGGGACGGACCUUUCCCUGUCAUCCUCACAACACCCACCUCAGUCCAGGUAGAUGGACGCCGUCAUUGGAUUCACCAUACCAGGAUCAAGGCUGCGCAUCCACCACAGACAUCAGAACAAUGGACCCUGCGUCAGACAGAGGACUCACUAAAGAUAAGACUAUCAAGGGUCCAGUCUGGACCAUCUUAAUUCUCUCCGUCCUAAAGUAAGGGGGUCUUUGUAUGACUUUUAGGUGAAACCUGACAGAAUAGGAGAGGAUUAGACCUACUGUUAACCUACAUAUGUCAAAAAAGGGUGCAGGCAGUGAAACUCAUGCUUCUCAGAACUCAAUACCCACUGCUCCAGGUUGAGGAAUCAAUGAUUUGAAUUCUAAAAAAACCAGUGGCGAAUGUUAAGGGUAUGUUUAGGGGCAAAGAUAUGCUAACAGCCAACUUCUGCUUCUGUAAUCUGCUUGCUUGU